GAACUUUUUUGUCCUCCGCUCGCGAUCCGCCGCGCAUGGACAUGUGGGGCUCUCCCGCGGAGGACGGAGGUCCGCGAGCAUCACAACGUCAUGAUCGAUGAAUAUGGCAGCUGCCUCGUGGGGCGACAUGUAGGUAUAAAUUAUGGAAGUCAGCAAUCUUCUGCGUCCAUCAAACACCUCUUUCACUUUCUAUUGCCUCAUCUGCGCCUUUCCAUAAUUUUCUAGCCACAAUGGCCUCCAAGCUCUCUCUCUCCUCCACCCUGUCUCUCCCGAACAGCGCCGCCAAGAUCCCCCGCCUCGGCUUUGGCGUCUACAAGUCGCCCGCCAACGUCUGCGUCCAGUCGUGUCUCACAUCCUUCAAGGCCGGUUACCGCCAUAUUGACACGGCGCAAUACUACGCCAAUGAAGAGCAAGUCGGUCGCGCAGUCAAGGAAUCGGGCAUUCCCCGCUCAGAGCUCUACCUUACCACGAAGAUCCUCUCAGCCGGCAGCGAUGCAGACGAGACGUACAAGAGCAUUGUCGAGAGCGUAAAGAAGAUGGACGACCGCCCCGAUGGCUACGUGGAUCUCUUCCUGAUCCACAACGCUUCCAGCUCCGCAGACAGGACGAAGCUCAUGUGGCAGGCGCUGGAGAAGGCGAAGGAAGAAGGCAAGAUCAAGGACAUCGGUGUCAGCAACGCGGGAAAGAAGCACAUCGAAGGCAUGAAGAGCUACGCGAAGGUCUGGCCGCCCGCGGUUAACCAGAUCGAGCUCCACCCCUGGAACCAGCAACGCGAGGCCGUGUCCUACUGCCAGUCGCAAGGCAUUGUCGUGGAAGCCUACUGCCCCCUCGUCCGGAACCGGAAGGCCGACGACGAGACGCUCAACUCGGUCGCGAAGAAGUACAACAAGUCGACGGCGCAGAUCCUUGUCCGCUACUGCUUGCAGAAGGACUGGGUGCCGUUGCCUAAGAGCGACACCCCGAGCCGCAUUGAGGCGAAUGCUGACUUGUACGACUUUGAGAUCGAGGCAAAGGACAUGGAGACGCUGGAUGCGCUUGAUGAGGGCGGCAAGGGCGCCCUUGUCAUGGCUGUGGAUAACUAAUAUAAUGUAUCUUGAUGGAAUGGGUUUCUUUCGAAAAGCCCUGGGUAUAGCAAGAUGGUUCUAGUCGGACUAUACGUCUGUUAGAUGCAACGAAUAAUAGCACGAUAUUUACGAGCC